AAUUCUAAUCUUUACAUUAGGUACCAAAUCCAUUAUAAGUUUGACUUACUAUUUACACUAACUAAUUUCAUUUACUAACUCCAUAGAUUCCCGGCUAAAAAUGUUCAAAAGUUCUAACACUUUAUAUCAAUAAAAACAAGAAAAAAAACUUACCUUACAUUCUACAUUUUCAUGUUAGCCUUAAGCAAAGCAACAGCAAAAUACUAAAUAGCCAGAAAGUUUGCAAUGGCCCAGAAACAAGAUGAUGUAGGUGAAGGGAGAAAAUCCAUGGCAGCAGAAAAACUGUUGAGGUUAGUGUGCAUAUGUAAUAGUAGCAGAAGUGAUUUGUCACAGAGAGCUCACUACCCUUCAAUGCUCAAAUAUCCGAAAGGAGUCUCGAUGUCGAAAACAGAUAAAAUGGAAGAAUCAAAAGCUUUGUUUAGUGUGAUGGGAAUGACUUGUUCUGCUUGUGCUGCUUCUGUUGAGAAAGCUAUCAAGCGACUUCCGGGUAUUCAAGAGGCCAUUGUUGAUGUUUUGAAUAACAGGGCACAAGUCAUUUUUUAUCCCUCUUUUGCCAAUGUGGAACUAAUACUCGAAACCAUAGUUGAUGCUGGCUUCGAAGCUACAUUGAUUGAUGAUGAUAUUAGUAACGGAAGCAAUCAAGUAUGCCGGGUACAGAUAAGGGGAAUGACUUGCACAACUUGUGCAAAUGCAGUUGAAGCUAGUCUCCUAGGAGUUCAUGGUGUUAAAAAGGCACAAGUUGCUUUAGCAACUGAAGAAGCAGAGAUUCAUUAUGAUCCAAAGGUGGUGACUUACAACGAGCUACUUGAAGCUGUAGAAGAUACGGGGUUCGAAGCUGUACUUAUCAGUACAGGAGAAGAUAGAUGCAAAGUACAACUGAAAGUUGACGGCGUAAGAACUGAUCAUUCUUGGAGAAUGAUUGAAAGCUCACUUGAAGCACUUCCUGGUGUCGAAACCAUAAACACGGAUGCGAAGCUUGAGAAAGUAUCGGUUUCCUACAAGUCUGAUAUCACAGGACCAAGAAGCAUUAUUGAAGUGAUCGAAUCAAUAGGACCUGGGCAUAUCAAGGCUAAGAUAUAUCCUGAAGAACAAGGAAAGAAUUCCCAUAAACAAGAAGAAAUCAAGCAAUAUUAUCAAUCAUUGUUGUGGAGUUUAAUCUUUAUGAUUCCUGUAUUUCUGACAUCUAUGGUUUUCAUGUAUAUCCCGGGUGUCAGUCAUGUAUUACACACCAAAGUUGUGAAGAUGCUGACAGUUGGUGAGAUUAUAAGGUGGGUUUUAGCAACUCCUGUACAGUUCAUUAUUGGUAGGAGAUUUUAUGUUGGAUCAUACAAUGCAUUAAGGCACGGUUCUGCUAAUAUGGAUGUUUUGAUUGCUUUGGGAACAAACGCAGCUUACUUCUACUCAGUCUACACUGUACUUAGAGCUGCUACAUCUGACACAUUCGAAGGAACGGAUUUCUUUGAGACUAGUUCUAUGCUUAUUACAUUUGUACUUCUAGGGAAGUAUCUAGAAGUUUUGGCGAAGGGGAAGACAUCAGCAGCAAUUGCCAAGCUUAUGAACUUGGCCCCUGAGACAGCAACAUUGUUGACCCUUGAUACAGAUGGAAAUGUCAUAAAUGAAAAAGAUAUAGAUAGUAGAUUGAUACAAAAGAAUGAUGUACUUAAAAUCAUUCCAGGGUCAAAAGUAGCCUGUGACGGUUAUGUAGUUUGGGGACAAAGCUAUGUCAAUGAAAGCAUGAUAACAGGAGAAUCUCGGCCAGUACCCAAGAGGAAGGGCGAUAUGGUCAUAGGAGGGACAGUUAAUCAGAACGGGGCAUUGCAUAUUAAGGCAACACGAGUUGGAUCAGAAAGCGCACUUUCUCAAAUAGUACGUCUGGUUGAAUCAGCACAGAUGAACAAAGCGCCUGUGCAAAAGCUUGCUGAUCGUAUUUCCAGAUUUUUUGUGCCUUUGGUUAUCCUUUGUGCAGUUUCAACUUGGCUUGCAUGGUACCUAGCUGGAAAAUUUCACAGUUACCCUGAAUCUUGGAUACCUCCAUCCAUGGACAGCUUUGAGCUUGCAUUACAGUUCGGCAUCUCUGUCAUGGUCAUAGCCUGCCCUUGUGCUCUAGGUUUGGCAACACCAACUGCGGUUAUGGUUGGUACAGGAAUUGGGGCAUCUCAAGGUGUCCUAAUCAAAGGAGGCCAAGCUCUUGAAACUGCUCACAAGGUGAAUUGCAUUGUGUUUGAUAAGACUGGGACUCUUACAGAGGGCAAGCCGGUAGUUGUGAGCACGCGACUUCUGACACAAAUGGCGCUCCGAGACUUCUAUGAACUAGUUGCUGCUGUUGAGGUUAACAGUGAGCACCCAUUAGCAAAGGCCAUCGUUGAGUAUGCCAAGAAGUUUAAAGAAGAUAAAGAAAACCAAACCUGGGAAGAAGCAAGUGAGUUUAUCGCCAUUAGUGGUCAUGGUGUGAAGGCCAUCGUCAGUAACACGGAAAUUCUUAUCGGAAAUAAGAGCUUGAUGUUAGACCAAGGAAUCACCAUCCCUUCUCAGGCAGAGGAAUUACUUUCUGAUGCUGAAUGUAUGGCUCAGACAGGUAUACUAGUAUCCAUUAGUCGUGAAGUUAAAGGAAUUAUAGCAAUUUCUGAUCCUCUGAAGCCAAGUGCACCUGAAGUCAUAUCUAUUCUGAAGUCCAUGAAUGUUGAGAGCAUCAUGGUAACGGGUGACAACAAGGGAACCGCCAACUCCAUUGCUGAACAAGUCGGAAUAGAUAAUGUCAUUGCUGAAGCCAAACCCGAGCAGAAAGCAGAGAAAGUGAAGAAAUUACAGGCAGAAGGUUACAUAGUGGCAAUGGUAGGAGAUGGUAUAAAUGAUUCACCUGCAUUGGUCGCCGCUGAUGUUGGAAUGGCAAUCGGUGCAGGAACAGACAUUGCCAUUGAAGCAGCAGAUAUAGUUCUCAUGAGGAGCAACUUAGAGGACGUUAUAACUGCCAUCGACCUCUCAAGAAAAACUUUCUCUAGGAUACGCUUGAAUUAUAUAUGGGCUUUGGGUUACAAUGUGCUCGGAAUCCCGAUCGCAGCUGGCAUUUUGUUCCCUUCACUUAGGUUUCGAUUACCACCAUGGAUUGCAGGAGCUGCAAUGGCUGCAUCAUCCGUCAGUGUUGUUUGUUGGUCCCUCUUGUUGAAGAAUUACAGAAGACCAAAGAUACUGGACACCCUUGAAGUUAAGGAAAUAAGGGUUGAAUGAAAAUGUGUCCUUUCAUGGUAUGAUGAUGGUUUACAUUGAAUACAAUUAACCUCCAACUUCUAGUUGUGAAUAUAUAGCAGGUAAAGAAAAAGCAAUAAGUUGGUUGAAUUUGUACUUAGCUAGUUAGGCUUCAUUGGUUGGAUAGAAUACAUUUUCAACGGGAAAUAGGAAAAACGUAUUUCCAAAGGGAAAUGCAAUUGUCAGUUAGUUUUCCUUUGUUUGGUUUCUUACAAAAAAAAGUCUAAAACCAAAAGAAAAAGGAAAAUGGAGGUGCGAGGAUGGAUCCGAGUUAGGGAGGAUAUCGUGGUAUUCCCUCCACUGGAAAGGAAAACGAUUUCCAUCAUUGAGUGGACUAUUUUCCCCCCUUUUCUAACCAAAUAAAGGAGAACAGGAAAAUGAUUUCAUAAAAAUGUUUUCUUGCCAACCACUCUGUUGGGCUCCGUUUGGUAGGGCAUAAAAUAGUUUACUGAAAAACUAUUUUCCUCUAUUUUCAAUUUUACAUUGUUUGGUUAACAAA